GCGUUAAGGGAUGUAGAAGAAAAUUAAUGGGCGUUUUCCCUACUCCUACUCUGCGUGUGAUAUGUAAGCACGCAGUAUCGGAUUGUUCAAAGGGAGGAGAUGGUGGUUGAUGGCGUCAAUGCAGCUGCAGCGAAUGCGGUGGUGGGGUGUAUGUUAAAAUUAUAACCACAGCUGUUGUUGCGCAAAUGGUAGCUCGAAACUCGCCCCAAUAUUUCCUCCCCUUGAGUGCGCCCAUAGCGCGAUGUAAUGUGAAACAUUUCGCAUGGCAGUGUGGUUCACGUGUUUUUUACGUCGUUGUUGUUGUUGUGUGAGAAGCUAGUCAAGAUUGUUGCGACACCGGUUCAGUGCGACCCGGACAGCUUUCCGAUAACCUAGGACAACUUCCACGGGACGCCUGGAUUGUGUUGUUGACAACCUUGGCUUCCAGUGUCACUGUUCUAGGGGAGAAUGAUGGUUUUUGUUUGUACUUGUUCCGAGGUGAUAAUUGAAUUGAUAACAUUACCUUGCCGGACACCAUGAAUAUGGGAAUAAGCACUUCUUCCAUGCGCCGGCGUGGCUGCCUCUACGGCAUAGUGCUCGUGCUGAUACCGUGCACGGUGCUGAUCGUGGUGAUCGGUACCGACUACACAACCGAACAGUCGAUGUCGCAGCGCAUGGCCGAGUUUCAAAUGCGCAUGCAGUAUCUGGAGUCGAUGUAUCGCACCAAGCAGGAGGAUGUGGCCAUCCUGUCCCAGUAUCUGCGGCUAGCUGCACUGAACGGGGCCAACGGGGUUACCGGCGCUACUAGCUCGACCGAUGGUGCGAACGUGUCACUCGCCAACUUGGAUCUGCUCGACGGCCUGAGCCCGGACUCGCGUUCUCUCAUACGGAACGUGACGUCGACGACCCGGCUGGCGGAAUCGUUGAAGCUUCCGACCGCUUUCCACUUCCUACCGCACCUGCUGGACGAUUCUGCCUCACUGCAGCCGAGCUACAUAGAGAGCAAGAAACGGCAGGGCGUCUCAAUCGUGAUCGGAAUUCCGACCGUCAAGCGCGACAAGCAAUCGUACCUCGUCGAAACGAUCGACAAUCUCAUCUCGAACAUGGACGAGGAGGAACAGAACGACACGAUGAUCGUACUGUUCGUAGGCGAAACGGACCUGGACUACGUGCGCACGGUAGCGCAGGAGAUACGGACGCGCUUUGCUAGCUACAUCGAUAGCGGCUUCAUCGAGAUUAUUGCGCCGGCCGCGUCCUACUAUCCGAACAUGAACAAUCUGCGGCAAACGUUGAACGACUCACAGGAUCGAGUGCGGUGGCGUUCAAAACAGAAUCUCGACUUUGCGUUCCUGAUGGCGUACGCGCAACCGAAGGGUGCCUUCUAUCUCCAGCUCGAGGACGAUAUACUCACGAAGAAGGGCUUUGUGACGAUAAUGAAAAACUUUGCGCUGGAGAAAACGGCCAAAAAAGAGCACAGCGAAUGGUUCGUGCUUGACUUUUGCCAGCUAGGUUUCAUAGGAAAAUUGUUCAAAUCUGCCGAUCUGCCUUGGUUAAUAACAUUCUUCCAGAUGUUUUUCAACGAUAAACCAGUCGACUGGCUGCUGUCCCAUCUAAUAUACGUGAAGGUGUGCAGUGUGGAUAAAGAUGGCAAAAGCUGCAAGCAGGAAAUGUCUAAACUGUGGAUCCACUACAAACCCUCGCUGUUUCAGCACAUCGGAACGCAGUCGUCGCUCAGGGGCAAGGUGCAAAAGCUGAAAGACAAACAGUUCGGCAAGAUACCGAACUUCCAUCCGCAUCGCAAUCCACCGGCUGUUGUGCGGACCGGGAUACAGCCGUACAAAUCAUACACGCUGCAGAAAGCGUACUUGGGCGAAAGUUUCUUCUGGGGACUAAUGCCCCAACCAGGCGAUCUGAUCGAGUUCAAAUUCAAGCAGCCAACUACUGUGCGAAGAUUUCUCUUUCGAAGUGGUAACUUUGAGCAGCCUUCCGAUCGGUUCUACAACACUACCGUAGAAGUGCUGCCUGCUAGCGGCAACACAUCGCUCAUCAGUGCUGUAUUGCCAUUCAACGUGACGAAGGACGGAUUUCUUGUGGUUGGUAGUUUCAAUAAUAUCGGCAUAGCGGAUGGUGUGAUCGAUUCCAAAAUAGGUAAACUAAAAGAGCUACGGUUGCAUGUGAACAGCGACAGCCAGAAUUGGGUUAUACUGAGAGAGAUCUACCUGCAGAGUAACGGUGUUCGGUGACAGAAACACUACCGAAUGUUGGAUCCGUUCGGGGCGAGCGAUAUCAAACGGCGAGGCGCAAGAGCGCUGGUCGCUUCGGGUAAACAGCAGCAGCAGCAGCAGCAACAUAUGGUUAAACAAAAUAGUAGCACAAUGCUACGACAGACACGCCGCCGCAUGUUGCCAUCGGUUAAACUUUCCAAACGAAACGAUAGAUGGGUGGAACAUGCAUCCCCUGCAAAAGCAAUUGGCGCUAGGAUAGCGAUCCAUACUGCGAACGCUAAGGCAAUAGCAUGAGAAUUAAUGGUUAAGCGCCUAAAGUACACGCCGCCCGGGUACAUCUGAUGCAGCUAACUAUGGCUUUGACCGUGCACCAGAAAGGCACUUUAGUUUCAUGUACGGCGUUAUGUUCCCCGGGCAAUAGGUAAGCAUGUACAGUGUUAUAUAGUUGGAAGGACGGUACGCAGCGUUAUAACGUCUAAAAAUGUGAUCAUCGAAUAUUGUGGUGUAACUCAAUGGAAUCGCACAGCAAGAUAUGGUAUUGUGUAGUAUUAGCUAUUAUGUCGUGUUAUGUAGGAACAGAAUUGAACCGCAAAAUCAAUCCACACCCUCCCCCUUUCCCGCGCAUUCAAAUGUGGGGCUUAAGUUAGGCACGUUGUUUUGUAUUGCUGUUGGUGUAAGCACCGGGUAUAUGUGGUUGAAGAAAAUGUGUCGGUCUGUAUGUUUGUGUGUAUAUGUACGUGUAACCAGUUUAGUGGGCAAUGCACUGCAGUUCGGUGUAUGUGGUAAAACUAAAACGUAUUAGGUGUGUGUGUGUGUGCGUUUCAGUAACGGAAUGAUGAUUGUUAUGUAUUAUAAAUAUGUACAACAGUAACCCAUAUUUAGCUGCCAAACCGUUAUCACUAUGUUAAAGAAUAUUUGUAACAUAAUUACUUGAAAGGUCCUCAGCUACAUUUUUACAAACACACAGACAAUUUUUACGUUGAAUCUUUUAAUAAGAAUCUUUUUAUUAUUAUUUUUUAAUUAUUAAAUACGUGUACUCUUUUUGGCGUUAUCUCUAAAUAGUAACUUCCAUUCUUUAUGGUUUGUUACACAUAAUGACAUUCUAGCUCUGUUUUAGUUUUAAUAUUUUGCUACGUCACGUUUAAAAAAUUAGAGUACGAGUGCCACCGCCUUGCAAUGAAGUCUCCGAAAAAAACUCCUGAAGAUUUUACUCAUUUUUAAAAGAUGUGAUUUUCCUCAAAAACACGUAUUACCAACAAUUUUAUAUUAAUUAUUUUAGAGAGCGCAGUUGUUUUAGUAGAUUUGUAUGUGUUUUUUUAAUUGUUAUCUAUGAUCAUGUGUUACACAAUACACAAUUCCUUCCACGAAACAAAAACCUGUGAGGAGGAAGUUGUGCAUUUUGUCUUCUCCUCUUGCAUUACUUAAUAACUAUUUCACCCCAGUAAUUCAUUUGUGUGUUUUAAAAUUAAUGUCCCAAUAGGAAUGUCGUGAGCACGCCAUAACGGGUCUAGUAAAUUGCGCAAAUUAGUAGCUUUACUGUUUGUUUUUAGCAUUGUUUGUAGCACAAAAAACGUACGUGCGAAGAGACGCGAGGGAGAGAGAACGAGAGACAAACGAGUGUUUUGUAUCAAUUGUAUGUGUGCGUGUGUAUGUGUGUGUUAGUGUAUAGGGCGAAGAAAGAUAAUUUGUCUCAUUCGAUACUGAUUAAUCGUUUUGCUGCAAUAUCGAUUGCCAAUCAUAGUUUCUUACUUACCAUUCGUACCACGUUCAAGCAUGCACAAAUGUAAACCGAUACGUUCUAAACGAUAAGUCAAAUGCCUUUAUAAAAGAAACUUUGUAAAAAAACAACAACAAACCG